AUUUUGAAAGAUGUAGGAUGAAAUUCGAGACCUUAUGCUUCCUCGACAGACCACAUGGCCCAAGCGCCUCAAUCAUCUUUCGACCCACCUGGGUUCAAGCCCGACCGACCGGUUCGCCACUACGUUUGUUCUUUGGCCUUCUCCAUCCUGUCGAGCCCCCAAAGUUCUCUCUUUUGCAGUGAACAUCGGCCACCCAUUGACACAUCGUAGCCUCCUCCCUCCGCAAACCCUUCCCCUCUUCAGAAAGGAGGUGUGGUUCAUCCCAUCUGUAAUAAAUUUCCUCUUUGGAGUAAGAGCUAUAAGCAAAAGAGAAGUAAUGAAUGCAAAGCCAUUGGGCUUGCCUGUGAUUUCAAGAACAAAUGCUGGUUAUUUGGAUACCGGGCAUUUCAGGAACAAUCAUGUGGUGUCUGCAGCAAGAAAUAACCAUGCGUUAAGCUAUGAUGAUGACCUAAAUCCUGAAACCUUUUGGUCUAGUCUGAUCAAAGAAGUAGUGUGGUCUUUAAAGUCAUUAUUCACAUUUUUGUGCGAGCAACCUAGCCAGCUGAAGUACAUAGAAUGGCCGAGCUUUCAGAGCACGCUGAGAACAGCAACUCUCACGCUGAUUCUUGUGGCAUUGCUCAUCGUCGCGCUAUCAUCAGUGGAUUCGGCCCUUUACUGCAUGUUGAACUGGUUUCUCAGGCGAUCUUCAUGACCAACAAGCUCAUUUAUUCCUACUUCUAGUCUAUUCUUUGGAAAUGUCUAGGGAAAUGGAAAAGACUUGUAUACAACUUAAGAAAUCAUGAGUUGAUGAGUAAGGCAUUUUAUUUCAA